UUUAUUAUAUAUUUUUUUUAACUUACAAAAAUAAUCAUCUCUUCUCGGUGUCCUUGUGAUCGGCGGAGCAACCUAUCGGUGAAACACGAUGCGCGGCCGACUACCGGAAACUGACGUCGUCCCCUCGAACUAGGACUCUUCUUCACUGCGUGUAUCUCAUCAUGGCUCCGGGGCGGAGGCGCGGAGGGAAAGGGGCGAAAACAAAGAGCGAAUUGAGUUUGGGCGAUCUCGUUCUUGCCAAGGUCAAGGGAUUCCCUGCUUGGCCUGCCAAGAUUAGCAGACCUGAAGAAUGGAAGCAUGCUCCGGACCCGAAAAAGUACUUCGUGCAAUUUUUUGGUACAGAAGAGAUAGCUUUUGUCGCUCCUGCGGAUAUCCAGCCGUUCACAAGUGAAUCCAAGAACAAACUGUCUGCUCGAUGCCAGGGUAAGACAGUCAAAUAUUUUGCCCAAGCUGUGAAGGAAAUAUGUGAAGAAUUUGAUGAGUUGCAACAUAAAAGCUUAAGUGGUGUAAGAGAUGAUAGCAAUGCAGAUAAUCUUGCCUCUGAGACACAUUCAGUUGAUACAGUUACAGGAGAAGCCUCAGAGGUUAGUUUUAAGAAUGGGAGGGACAGUGAGGGGCCAAACUGCAAAUUAGAGACAGCAGGACUGAGUGAUCUAGACCCUAGGUCAGAGCAUUGUUCAGAAAUACUUGGUGAGAUGGAUAGUCAAAAUGUUAAGCCUCACUUGUUAGAUGACAUGAGCCAUAGUUUGUCUCCACAUCCAUCUUUGGGAGAUAUGAAUAAUUUAUGUACGAAAUCUGCUAAUCUGGUGGAGAAAAAUGGUGACCAGAAUACAUUGACAAAUGGCAGCCAAUCAAAGCUGGCAGUGGAUCCUAAGAGGAAGUACGAUGAUGCAAAGCGCAGAAAUAGUGAUGUGGUUAUAUCACAUGAACACAAUGAAGAUGUAGUAAAACUAAAACAGGCUUCUGGUGGGAAUAUGAAGAUGUCAUCUGCAGAUAAUUCAAUAUCAGAUUUAAGUAAUGGCAGUAAAAGGAAAGGAAAAAAGUUGCUGACAGGGAAAAGGCAUCCAGCAAUGGCAGAUCAUGAUUGUGUAGAUGCUGAAGCCAUUCCUGAGGACAAUAACGAAGUAAUCUCUAGGAAAAAGAUGAAGCUACAACAUGACCAGGAAAAGCAAACUUCUCGGAGCAAUGAAGCAUCACUUCCUCCCAAGAUGGACGACAUUGAGGGUACAAGGUUAAUAUCAGGAGGGAAGCCUGAGUACCAACCUUCCAGAGCACAGCCAAGUACAAAUGAGUUCAGCAAUUCUCCCGAUGAAGAUGAUCUCCCUCCAACAAAGCGCCAACGCCGAGCACUUGGAGUUGUCUCAACUUCUACUUCAUUCUCUGAAAAUAGACGGGUAAGUUCUACAUCAGAUAAAAAUAACGUGGUGCAUUUGAACAAGGUUCAACCUCCAAUAAUGCAGCUUCCAGCAAAGAGGAGAGCUGUCCGCCUAUGUGAUGAUGAUGAGGAUGACGAAUUACCUAAAACUCCAAUUCAUGUAGGAUCUACCCAUAAGGUAUCUGUUACACCUCGGGUUUCAGAUUCCAAAAAGAAAAAUGCUAAGCGUGGGGAGACACAUGGAAACAGUCAUAUGGUCAUGAGAAACACUGGAACACUCAAGGAUGAGUUCAAAGAUCAGGUACAAUCUUCUCAAGUAUUCACUAAAGCUUUAUCACCAACUGCUCAGCCAGGCAUGGAAAAGAGCACUCCAGAAAUAUCUGCAAAGCAUGUAUCUCCUGUUCAUCCCCAGUUACAUACUGAAACCAUGCCCUUGUUAGAGGCUAAGCCAGUUUCAGGCUCCCCCGAAAGGUCCCCUCGAUCUGUUACUGCUGCCAGACCAUUAACAGAUUUACGAAAAAAACAGUUGACCAAGACACCUGGUAGUGUGUACCAGAAGAAAGUUCCACUAGUAACAAACAGUAGCCUUGGUACAGCUCCUAACAGGCUAAAUUCUUCUCUAAAUCAAUCAGCAACUGAAAGGAGUAAACCAGCUUUGUCUGGUGAGAAAAAGAAAACCACCUCGAGGCCAAAUUCCCAAAUCAAUGAUUCUUUCCAUUCAGUUGGAAAUACAGACGAAAGCAUUACCUCACAUAGUGAAAGGUUGGAUGGUGGUAAAGCCACCAAAAUAAAUUUGCCGGUUGAUUUGGCGACUUCAGACUCGGCCAUGUCAAUGAAAAACCUAAUUGCUGCUGCUCAAGCGAGAAAGAGACAAGCAAACUUGCAUAACCCUUAUGGAAAUCCUUUGAGCCUAUUGAUUCCUGAUGCUGACAUUCUUGGGCAUAGUCCGAACCCGGCCUCUGCUGCAUUAGCAGUUGAGUCUAGGAACAUACUCCUAAUCGAUGGGCAAGACCAUCCUACUUCCACUUCCUUUGAUGUUCGCCAGUUAUCGUCUGUCAAUGGACAUGAAAAUGAAGACCUGGAGGAGAGGAGGGUGAAUUCAUGCCAUCAGGCUACUGGGAGCUCUCUAAGUGGGGGUACUGAAGCUGCUGUUGCUCGUGAUGCUUUUGAAGGGAUGAUAGAGACCCUGUCGAGGACCAAAGAGAGUAUUGGUCGUGCAACUCGUCUUGCAGUUGAUUGUGCAAAGUAUGGGAUCGCCAAUGAGGUUGUGGAACUUCUAAUCCUGAAGUUGGCAAAUGAGCCAAGUUUACAUCGCAAAGUAGACAUUUUUUUUCUGGUUGACUCUAUAACCCAAUGCUCUCAUAGUCAGAAAGGAAUUGCUGGGGCAUCUUAUAUUCCAAUUGUUCAAGCAGCAUUGCCUCGUCUCAUUGGAGCUGCUGCUCCACCUGGAGCAGGUGCACAGGAAAAUCGACGUCAAUGUCAUAAGGUCUUGCGGUUAUGGCUUGAGAGGAAAAUCUUUCCAGAGUCUGUCCUUCGACGUUACAUGGAUGAGAUAGGAGCAGUAAAUGAUGGUGGAGCUGCUGGAUUUUCCCAGAGACGUCCUUCCCGAGCUGAGCGGGCCAUUGAUGAUCCAAUAAGAGAAAUGGAAGGCAUGCUUGUGGACGAGUAUGGGAGUAACACCACAUUUCAAUUACCUGGGUUUCUGUCGUCUCAUUUAUUUGAAGAAGAUGAUGAAGAAGAUAAUUCUCCAUCAAUGCUAUACAAGGAAGUUUUAGAAACAUCGUCAUCUGAGCAUAACCUUGCAAAUAAGGAUCUUGAGAACUGUACUGUUACUCCAAGUGACCGGCGCCACUGCAUAUUAGAGGAUGUUGAUGGUGAGCUUGAAAUGGAAGACGUUUCUGGCCAUAUUAAGGAUGAUAGAAUAUUAAUUGCCAAUUGCACCUCUAUAGUUGCUUCACUUGAGCCAAAUUCAGAUGUAAAACUUGAAUCAGCUUCUGAAAUGUCUGAGUUGCUUCCUUCUCCUGAGGGUUCUCCACCAUUACCACCUGGCUCUCCUCCUAUGACUCCACCUCUACCUGCUUCACCACCUCCAGUAUCCCCACCACCUCCAGUAUCCCCACCACCUCCACCUCCACCCUUACCAUCAUCAUCUGCACCACCGCCCCCACCUCCACCACCACCUUCCUCACAACAACUAAUUCCUCCACCACCUAUCGGUCCUCCUCCAUAUGUUCAGUCAUUGCCACCUCAACCUGCAUUGAUGUCCCAAUACGUUCCUCCAGCUCCGUCAACUUCUCAGCCAUUAGCUUAUCACCCACCUCCAUUACAUCAUGAGAUUGGUGGCACAACCAGUGGAAAUCCACCUAUCCAUAUGGUUUCCAGUACUCAAGGGUCCCAUAUUGAAGCACCAAGAGGUGAAAUAUAUUCACAGCAUUCCUCGUUCUUCUCUCCAGCUUCUGGCAGCAAUGCACGAGAACAUGUUGGCUAUAAUUCAUCAAGGCCUGUUGAAUAUGGACAGAAUGAUCCAUGUAUUAAUCACCAUGCUUCACAGCAGAGGAAACAUUUGCUGCCAGGUACUGCAACGUUUGUCCAUAGACCACUGCAUCCUGAGGCCCCACCUCAACAAAUAUCCGCCCAUUUCUCGUAUCCAAAUCCAGUCAUGCAGCAUCAAUAUCCCCCUUAUCCAUUGCCAGUAGCUGAUGGUCCUAGGAGGUAUUCUACCGAUGAGCAAUGGCGGAUGCCCGUAAAUGAUUACAAUGCGGAUCUUCCCUGUGGAGGGUGGAAUGCCGCAGCCCAGCCAUUUUCUGGUCAACCUUAUUCGCAAGAAGCAGGUUAUUUUCGACCACCUUCAGAAAGGGCUCCAGCAAGUGCCAUAAAUUUUCGGCCUGCUGCAGCAAAUAGUUUACCACCAGCACCUCCAAUUCCAGUUCAUGGUGUUCCAAUGAUGCCUUGUAGGCCGGACAUGUCUGCCGUCAAUUGGAGGCCAGUAUAAGAUGACUUUUUGGAUAUGUGGCUGCGGAGCAAGAGGAAUUGGCCCAAAUAAUGUUUCCACCUAGAUCAAGAUAUAGAUUGCAAUGUGGAAUUUUGAGAAGUUAUGGAGAGCCUUGGCAGGAUUGUUUAUAUUAGAUUUUUUCCUGACAAAUGCAUCCCCGCACACAUACUCCUAAAUGUAAGCCAUUUUUCUUAUUUUUAUUGAUGCUUGUAAUUAUUUAUUAUAUUAUCCAAAUUAAAUGGAGGCUACAAUUUCAUCUA